GACUUCGGUACCUGCGUAUUGAGCAAGAAUGAAUACAACGUGUUUAGUACUGAGACUAAAAAGGAAGAAAUUCAUCUCUUGCUUCCUGUCACUGCUGACUCUGUGUGCCCUGCUACUGCUCAUUCUGAGGUACAGAUGCAUCUCUGAGUCCUUACCUCCCCGGGCGGCUUUAGAUGACGUCCAGACAUUCCACAGGUACAAUAUUAAUUGUAAGGCUAUAUACGAAAUGGACCCAGUGGAGGUGUGGAAGUCGCUGAUCAUCAGACAGAAACAAGUUGUGGAAGACAAGGAUGAAAGUCUGCUUAACCUCACCUCAAACUGCCCAUUGUUCAUCAAGUCCAGAGGUUAUGAUAACGUGUGUGUCUCAGAGGAGGAGAAAGGCUUUCCUCUCGCUUACUCACUGGUUGUGCACAAAUCUGCAUGGAUGAUAGAGAGACUCAUCCGAACGCUGUACUCGCCCAGUAACAUCUACUGUAUCCACUAUGAUCAAAAGUCCUCGGCUCAGUUCAUCUCAGCCGUAGAGGGUUUGGCCCGCUGUUUGCCCAAUGUCUUCAUCGCCUCCAAGCGAGAGUCUGUCUAUUAUGCCAGCUUCAGUCGAUUAAAAGCUGAUCUCAACUGUCUGUCCGACCUUUUGGGGUCAGAAGUCAAGUGGAAGUAUGUCAUCAACCUCUGUGGCCAAGAUUUCCCCCUGAGGUCUAACAUCGAGCUGGUGUCAGAACUUAAGAAGUUAAAAGGAGACAACAUGCUGGAGACAAGCCGACCCACUGAGCACAAGAAGGAGAGGUUCACCUUUCACCACGAGCUGAGGGAUGUCAGCUUUGAAUAUAAGAAACUGCCGGUGAAAACAGAGCAGCUAAAGGACCCACCGCCACACAGCAUCGAGGUGUUCUCUGGGAAUGCCUACUUUGUCUUGUCCCGGGACUUUGUUGUGCACAUGAAGUCCUCGGUUGUGGUGAAAGAUUUUUUGGCCUGGUCAGAGGACACCUACUCUCCAGACGAACACUUCUGGGCAACACUUGUGCGACUGCCAGGUGUACCUGGAGAGGUGCCCAGAUCGCAUCCCGAUGUCACCGACCUGAUGAGUCAGACCCGGCUGGUGAAGUGGCAGUACCUGGAGGAGAACCUUUACCCACCCUGCUCAGGGACACACGUCCGCAGCGUUUGUAUUUAUGGUGCUGCAGAAAUGCGUUGGUUGCUCAACUACGGCCACUGGUUCGCCAAUAAGUUUGACCCCAAAGUGGACCCCAUUCUCAUUCAGUGCCUUGAGGAGAAGCUGGAGGAAAAACAAAAGUUAUUCCAAACAGUGGCAUCCCAUAACUGCCAUAAGGGUUAACCAAAAGCUAUAAUACAGUGUAGAGACACACAUUCUUGUCUUUUCAUAGGCAUAGUUAAUACUCAAUAAUAAGCUAUUACACUGUUCAAUCCCUGCACUGUUCACUUUUGCACUACCACCACUACACACACUCUACCAUAUACCAUUUUUUUUAUGUAUGUGUGUAUGUGUGUUUGUUGUGUUAUGGUAUGGGUCUAAGCUACUGAAAGCCUAACAUUUUCCUUGGGAUGAAGAAAGUAUCUAUCUAUCUA